AUGAUUUUCGGUCUCCCGACAAAUGGUCUUCCGGUUACAGGACUAACCAUGAGUUCUUUUGAGGCGAUGGAAGCUGAGUGCUUGCACCAUUUUGGAGUUACGCCGACGAUAAAAGAAUGUAGAGGAAGUUUUAUAAAGUUGACUUGGUUUAGGCGUUUGAAAGAACGCAUAGUGUUGACUGAUGGUUUUCACAUUCAGAUGUAUGUAAAGUGUCACAUAGUGUUGUUGUUUGGUACUAUUUUGUUUGGAGAUAAGUCUGGUGCAGCGGUGCAUUGGAAAUUUCUGCCGUUGCUCCGUAACUUCUCGGGGAUCAUACAGUUUAGUUGGGGUUUGGCAUGCCUUGCGCACCUGUAUAGAUCAUUGUGUAGGGCAACUCGCGUCGACUGCAAGGAGAUGGACGGUCCUUUGACACUUUUGCUUACAUGGGCUUGGAUCCGGUUACCAUUUCUUGCGCCGAUUCCUGGCAACCCCCAAUUAUUUCCGAUUGCAAAUAGGUGGCAAAACUGGGAGCGUGAAAACUAUGGUUACCAGUAUCAUUCCGUUCCCCACUGUAGGAGGUUGUUAGAUGAUAUGCAGGAAGGACAUGCUUAUGGCAUUGGACACGUUGGUCCAGACCUGAUUCCCUUAGACAUCCGUCAUAAUUCUGUUAUUUGGAAUGCCAGGGUGCCGCUUAUAUCAUUCGAAUGCGUCGAGUGGCAUGCAACUGAUAGAAUCAGGAGGCAAUUUGGCUUGAAUCAGGAUGUCCCUAAUCAGCCGCGGGAUCUAGGUGCAUCACAUGGUAAAUGGACCAACCGGUACAGUCACGUUCUAGUUGAUGAAAUGGGUCCUCCACAUUAUUCCUUGGACACUUACAUGCAUUGGUACCGAGGAGCUUUCGGUGAUCACUUGCAAUUGUCUAACCUUGUAGCACAAGAGAAUCCAGAAGGGCCCCCGGCACAGCAGGAUGUUGAGUAUUUUGCUCCAUAUGUUCCUCACACGCAACCGUCUGAUUAUCUUUCACCGUCAGUACCUAUACAUCAGCAGUAUUGGAGUGGUCCACAGUUUGAGACAGGGGAGCAAGGAUCGUUCUCCCAGCUGCUUGGUUUCAUGGGUAGUUCAGGAGUAGGUCACUCAUAUUCAGGUAACUAUGCGGACAUCCCCGCCGACCACUGGGCACGUUCGGGUGGUGUUACUCAACCUAGGAGGUCAUUGGAUUUGAGACCUUGGGAUCGCACUUCCUCUGAUAAUUCUGGAGCCAGAAUGUCUGUUGAUUCGAGUAGGAGUGCUGAAGCUGCGGGAGGAAUUAUACAGAGUCGAAACCAGGGGCGUAUUCCGAUGAGUCUAAUUCAGGAGAGAAAUAUGGGAGUUGAUGAUGACACUGAUGACUAUCUAGUAGACCAUCCGGAGAGUGAUGGAAACCAUGAUGAUGAGGAUGAGGAUGAUGAUGAGGAUGAGGAUGAUUUCGAGGAUGACGAUGAGGACGAUGACGUCGCUGAUGAUCCGGCCGACCAAGCUAAUGAAGACCGCGCUGACAAUUCAACGGCUAGUGCAGGUACAGCCACAAGUAAAAAAGGAAAAGGCUACAAUCUUAGAGAAGAUCCGCCACGUCGGAGUGCUAGUCGGUAUACCCCCUCCCCAUUUAACAAGCUUGCCAAGAAGUGCAAAAAGUUAUGCACAGGUUUAAAGUGGGCAACGAGAAAAUGA